ACAUGGAAAUUUAAUUAACGCGAGUUCACGUUAAAUAUGAAGACUAUUGACCGUUCAUAUUUUAUGAAGCGAUGCCACCUAAUAUUCACCAUAAUUUCACACAAACACUGCCUGCAUUUCAAAGCCGUGCAUCGCAAAAUCUACUCACUGUUAAUUAAUUUUCCUCUCAUCGCUCCUUCAAAAUUACCGCAGGCUUUUCCUAUUAAGCUACCAGUCACAUCAUAGUAUCACUGAAUUUUUCUCUAGCUUACUUCAAUUCAUUACGACGUCGAACGAAGCAAAGUUGGGUUUUAAUUAAAGAUAUUCAGUGGAAACCCGCCCCUGAAGCCUUAACUCACUGAGACGUGGUUGGCUUAUUUUUUUUUCGACACACUCAUUCCCGCCUUGCGACCCUCCCAAACAAACAGCCGAGGACUUUGAAAACAAUUUUCAUGAUAAACAAUUUUGAACUUUUACUUAGAGCAGUAAAGCUCAAAAUUGUUUGUGAGUUAAUGUUGUAUACGUCAUUGUUAGGUGGUAGUGAGAGUUUCAGUUCAUUUCAUGAAAGUGGAGACUGGCAGUUGAGGAAUACAGUCAGUUGACCGCGAGCUUUCGCGAGUAGUGAACGUGUGGGGACGAGGUUUCGUCGCUCCUCGGAGAUCGCGGAAAACUUUACGUCGUUAUAUUAGUGCCCAUUGUAUUGUGUGUGAGCGUUUUAUUUUGUUUUCCUGUGUAUUGUGAGUGCUUAAUGCAGAUUUCUUUAAGAUAUAGUGUCAGCCAAAUGAGUGUUCCGGUGUGACCGGCCGCAUCGUCACGAUGCACCAAUGCUCGCUCUUCAUACUCAUUCUCCUGUGCGUCUCUGUCAGAGACAUAUCCGGGAGCUGGGAGGAAUGGUGGACGUACGAUGGAAUUUCUGGUCCAGGGUUUUGGGGCCUGAUCAACCCGCAAUGGAGUAUGUGCAACAAAGGGCGGCGGCAAAGCCCCGUGAACAUCGAACCUGACAAACUACUGUUCGACCCUUGGCUUAGAGACAUACAGUUUGAUAAACAUAAGGUCAGCGGAGUCCUCCAAAACACGGGUCAGUCUUUAGUGUUCCGCGUGGAGAAGGACUCAAAGCACCAGGUCAACAUCAGCGGAGGACCUUUAUCAUACCGGUACCAGUUUGAGGAGAUAUACUUCCAUUAUGGCAUGGAGGAUAACCGGGGCUCUGAGCAUCAGAUCGACCAUCACACCUUCCCUGGCGAGAUCCAGUUGUACGGAUUCAACAAGGAGUUAUACCAUAAUAUGUCGGAGGCCCAGCACAAGUCACAAGGAAUCGUCGGCAUCUCGCUCAUGGUUCAGGUUGGAGAACCUACUAACACAGACUUCAGGUUGAUAACAAGCGCCUUCAACAAGGUGACUUAUAGAGGUUCCUCAUUCCCCAUUAAGCACCUGCCUCUGAGCUCUCUGCUGCCGAACACGCAGCAGUACCUGACCUACGAGGGCUCCACCACGCACCCUGGCUGCUGGGAGACUGCCGUCUGGAUCAUCUUCAACAAACCCAUCUAUAUAUCCAAACAGGAGAUGUACGCACUGCGGCAGCUAAUGCAAGGUUCCCAGUUGACUCCGAAGGCACCGCUUGGCAACAACGCAAGACCAGUGCAGCCUCUCCAUCAUCGCACCGUCAGGACCAACAUCAACUUUAACAAGCAAGGACUUCAGGGUUCAAACAACUGUCCAGACAUGUACAGAAACAUGCACUAUACAGCACGAUAUCACCGCAAGAGACGUACAAAAAAAAGUGUUGCAUGCAAAAGGCACGAUAAACCAAAAAAAUGUCACAGGAUUAGCAACCCAAUGGCCAAAGGAACACAGCUUGCGGUACAGAAGCGUUGACGGACUAUCUCUGGCGCACAACUAAAGAAAAGUUACUCGAAAUUACUCAUUGCGUCACAAUUAUGAAGUUACUUUUAUCGAAAAAAGAAAUAAAAUUCACUACGUAUCUAAUUGAAAUUUAUUUUGUUUGUUAUAUUUUAUGCAAAAAAAACUGUCAAUUGAAAAUUGUUAUACAAAAUAUCCGUAGAAGAACAAGGUCACACGUUCGAUCAACAGUUUAUUGUCAUCAAAGAAAAUAUUGGAGGUCAAUUUCAGUUCAAUUAGUUUGUGUAAAUAAAAAUGAAUUAAAUUAUAAUAUAAAUAAAGUUAGUUUUAUAGAAACAAAUAAAGUUCCAAUGUAACCAUAACUCGUUUGGUAGACUAGUAAGUGUGGCUUAACGUAUGUCCUACUUAACCAAUAUAAGUUAACUUAGCUUAAAUAAACCACUGCAUAUACUAACACUAUAUUUGAAAAAAGUAAAAUAAGGAUAUAGUCUCGAAAUAAGAAGUUACUCAUUUUUACUCAAAUCGGGACGAAAAAGUGACAUUUCUACAAUCGUUGAAAUUUAAUCCUAUCGUAUCUCUAAACAACCUAACGUAUCGAUAUAAUUUGUUAUCUCGAUAUAUUUAAUCGAUUUUGAUUAUUGUUAUCGAUUGUAGAAAUAUCACUACGUUUUUGGAGCCAUGCGUCGUCUGGCCUCAAAGCAUUUAAUAACUCGUCAACCGCUUAACUGUUAGAUAAAGUUUUAUAAACAUAUAAAAGUUCAUUUAGUAUUAAUAUAUAAAACAUAUAAAUGAAGCCUUGUAUUAAAUGUAUCCAAAAGAACAAUGUAGAAAAUAUUCUUGCUAUUAGAGUCAUAUAAAAAUAAAAAUAGAAAUUCGACUCCAUUCAUGUUGUAGUCUAACUAAUCGGAUUUCAUCGGCGGAACAGAUCAAAGUAAAAUUAGAACUGGAACAAAGACUUCCAUGGAGCCGAAUUUUGUGAACAUUUUUAGAAUGAAUUAGUACUAAAGAAAUAAUUAUAAAAGGUCAAUUGUGUAGACAAUAUUUUCCACCUACCUAUACUACAAUAUAUACAAAUAAAACAAAGCUUCUAUUCUUGGCUGACCUGUAACUUAUAAAUAUAUUAAAUUGUAGAGAUAUAUGUAUAUAAAGAUUGUAUAUAAAAAUUGUUUGAAUUUUAUAAAUGAAAGGAAGUAUCAUAAUUCGUCCACACUCUCAAGUGUAUUAUCGCAAAAUAUACGAUUGUAAGGCUUUUUGUGUAAGUAAGCGCGUAUAAUAUACAAAUUAUGAAACACUCAAAUAAAGUAGAGAUAGCAAAAUAGAGUUUCGUAACUCGCGAUCAAAAAAUAACGAAAGCUUUUUUUUAAUAAUGUUUAUUAAUUUUCUACGCUUUGAAAUAAUAAAAGUUAUAUACAAAUAUAAAAAAGCUUGUAAUUAGAUGUUGAUAAGUCAGUAGACAUAGGUGUACCGUUUGCAAAAUAUGAUAAAAAUGCUGUUUACUAUCAAAACUCCGGUAAAAGGCUAAAAUAGGGUAAUAUAAAUGUGUUUUGUUAUUUUUUGGUAAAUAAUAGAUACCUAUACGACUAUUGUAACUAACUGUAAUGUACCUAUGGAAUUAAAUGUGUAGACUAGACGCCUGUGUUAUCAAUAUGAGUUAUGUAAUAAAAUGUUUAUCUGGUA